CACAACCACGGCUAUGGUGCACCGCCUCCACAUGGCGACCCUGCAAGGGAACUCACGGAGACGCAGUUAUCGGACAGCUGGUCCAAGUCGUUGAUCACGAUCUCUUUGAGGAAGGGGCACGCCUGGGAGAUGUAGCUGAAGCCAGUCACGCUCACCUACAGGGGCCACCACGGAGGACAGGAAUAUCCCAGCUCACUUUUUGAGUGCGGCCAGAAACGAGCGGGUACACGUGCAAAACGGAGCGUUUGGAUUUUAGACGACUGACCUGGGUGCAGCCGGACAGGUCCAGGUGGAUCAGAUUGUGACAGCCUCUUCCCACGCUCAGGUCUUCAGAGACCAGAAGACCACCGCUUCCAUCAUGCAGGUGAGCUCCCUAGUGGUCUACGCCUCUGUGCUGCUGCUGCUCUCGUCCGUGGAGCUGAGGAGAGCCGGAAGGGGCCGAGGACUCAGGGGGGCCAGACACAAGCUGGCACGGGACAGGAUGCGAGGUGCUGGCCGUCACAGCAGAUCAGACCACCCCAAACCGGGCAACUGCUCAGAAUCGUCAGGGUCCGGCGGUGUCCUAGCGGACUGCCAGGACCGCUACCUCACCUCCAUCCCGGCCCCACACACCUGGUCCAAAGCGCCGCAGAUCCUCCUCCUAGCCCAAAACCGGAUCAAAGUCCUUCGCGACAGGGCCUUCGCCGGCUACGAGAGUCUGACCAGUCUGGACUUGCAGCAGAACCACAUCUCGCUGGUGGAGGAGGACGCCUUCCAGGGUCUGACUGGACUCACCAGCCUGCUGCUGCAGCACAACCGCCUGACCACUAUGAGCGAGGAAGCCAUCAUCGCCAUGUCCAACCUGCGCUUCCUGCGCCUCUACGACAACCCCUGGCACUGCCGCUGUCAGAUGGACAGUCUCAUCCAGACCCUGCAGGUCCCCAGCAACCGCCAUCUGGGCAACCACGCCAGGUGUGCUCAGCCCAUCUGGCUGAAAGGGAAGAAGCUGAAGCGGGUAGACCCCGAGUCGCUCUGCAAGGAACCGGACACGUCGGGCCGGCCGCAGGGCGACCAGACGGACCCCGGUGAGCCCAGCCCCUUCCAGGCCAAGGCCGAGGCCACCACAUCCUGCCACACCUACUACUUCCCUCACGUGCGCCUGGACUGCAGCAACAGAGGACUGACCGAGGUUCCCGUGGGCGUCCCCGAGGACCUGGUCCACAUGGACUUGUCCCACAACAACAUCCGACACCUCAAAGCCAAAAGUUUCCAGGGAUUAAAGAGUCUGAAGAGCUUGAACAUCAGCCAUAACAACAUGGAGCGCAUCGAUACAGCCUCCCUGUCGGGACUCCUGCACCUCCACCAGUUGGACCUGGCAGGAAACGGCCUGCACUUCAUCCAGCACGGCGUGCUAGAAGACCUCUACUUCCUGUCCAGGCUGAAGCUGGAGGGCAACCCGUGGGUGUGCGACUACAGCAUCCACUACAUGGUCUACUGGCUGCACCUGCACCCGGGGGUGAAGCACACGGGCCUGCUGUGUCGCUCGCCGCCCCAGCACACGGGCGAGAGCGUGCAGGACUACGUGCGCUCCUACAACGGGGAGUGUCCCAGGAACAAGCAGGAGAGCCAGCGGGACCCGCGCCCAGCCGAGGCCCUGCACUGGGGCUCCUCGCUGGAGGUGCAGGGGGAGCCGGAGGAGGAGGUGGAGCCCCAACACCUGAGGCGGCCUCAGAAGUAUCAGAUUUUUAGACUGUCCUGAUAGGUUGGUGCCUUCCCUCUCUUCUUGUCAAUAGUCUGUAUCAGAUGAAGAAGUCUACUCACACACAUGGGAGUGAUCUCCAUUCUUUUCAUUAUAUAUAUAUAUAUAUGUAUGUAUGUGUGAGAAAAAAUCACAAGAUAACUUAAUCUCAACGGGGGGUGCUUACAAACAUCAGUCGUUUACCAAGCAAAGGUAACACGCAAGGACAUUAACACAUCCGACACGUACGUAGGAUUAACCGAAGGGGAGUUUAAAACCAAAUGGAACAAUCACAAGGCUUCUUUUAGAAACCAAAGCCUGCGGAACUCUACAGAACUCAGCAAGCACAUUUGGAACCUCAAAUACAAUAAUGUUGAAUAUUCAAUAACAUGGCAAAUUCUUGCAUCCAGCACACCUUACAACAGUGGUAAUUAAAGAUGCAACCUAUGCUUGAAAGAGAAACUGUUUAUUAUAUACCACCCAGGCCCGUCAUCCCUCAAUAAGCGCAGUGAAAUUGUAUCGGCAUGCCGUUACAGACGGAGACACCUCCUAGGUAACACAUGAGCCAAUCACCACGUCCCCACGCCUGCCUGUACCCACCCACUCUGUGCCCUAUAUAAACCAUGGUAUGUGAAUGCUUCCAUUAAAAUCUCCUGAUGAUUGAGGGAACCACUCAUGAAACAGUUCUGUAGAGAUGAAGUAGUCUUGUGAUUUUUUUUUUUUUUACACAUACAUAUAUUGCGUUCUACCAUGGUAUCGAGCACUAUUCUCUGGACAAUCUAAUUAAGACAUUAUAUAUAUAUAUAGAGAGAGAGAGAGAUAGAUAUAUAUAUUCUUUUUACAACUUUUUGGACUAUUCUGUUUCUAUUCAAACAAUAAAUACUCUCACUUUAUUCAUGUGCAUUUAUACAACAAACUCAUUAGUCGCUUGCAUGAUUCCAAAUGUGGACACAAAUGCGAUAUUUUAUCAUGCAGGCAUGUGUUUUUUCCUUCUGUCGUCGGAAAUGAUGUCUGUAAAAAUAUGAAAAAAUAUAUUUUACGGACUAUAAGGCGCAUUACUGGGGUCAUUUUAUGAUUUUUUUUUUUUGCAUUUUCACACAAAAGGCGCAACGGUUUAUUAGGCGCAUUAAAGGGUGCAUUUCAAGAUUUUUUGUAGUUUACUCAAAAGGCGCACAGGAUUAUAGGGCGCACUAAAGGGGUCACAUUAUGAUUUUUUUGCAUUUUCAUACAAAAGGCGCUUUAAAGGGGGUAUUUUUAAGAUUUAUUUUCAUUAAAUCAACAUAAAAAUAUACAAGAUACACUUUCAAUUAGUGCAUCAACCCCCCCUCCAAAAAACCCUCCCUCCUCCAUCCACACCCACUCACACAAAGAAGGGUUGUUUCUCUCUGCUACCAGAAAUCUGGUGCACCUUUUGUAUUUUUAUACAAAAGGCGCACCGGAUUAUAAGGCGCAUCAAAGAGGUUUAUGAUUUUUUGGUAUUUUUGUACAAAAUGCGCAUUAAAUGGGUCAUUUUAAGAUAUCUUUUGUAUUUUCAUAUAAAAGGCGCACCGGAUUAUAAUGCGCAUUAAAGGGGUCUUUUUAUGA